AUGUGUGAUUCAAUUCUUUUGCCAAAAAUUAUUGCUAAUCUAGAAUGGUCAGAUGCUCGCGAACUUUUACAAACAAAAUAUGGUCUAGUAAUUGAUGAAACUGACAAGUUAUUUUGUGCUAAAUACAUACAUGGGAGUCAUUUAUGGACACGUGGUACAGAAGAACAAAAAACUAUACUAGCACAAAAUCGUGGUGCAGUCUAUGAGAAAAUGCCACCUUAUCGAUUGGUUUGUUUACCGUUUCAUAAAUUCUGGAAUUAUAAUGAACCAAAUGCUACUACUACGAAUGAUAAUUGGACAUCCUACACUGCAAAAAUGGAUGGUUCAUUUUUUAAAGUAUAUUUUUUUCAAAAUGAAUGGUAUGUAAGUAGUAAUAGUCGUAUUGAUAUUAAACAAUUACGAAAGAAAUAUACUGAUUGUGGUAAAACAAAUGAACAACUAUGGCAAGAAGCAGCGUUAGAAGCUGGAUUUGAUUAUUCAAAAUUAAAUCAAAGAUAUGCAUAUUUUUUCGAACGUGUUCAUCCAGAUUAUAGAAUUGUAAUACAAUAUGAAAAACCAAUGUUGUAUCAUUUGGGUACUCGCGAUAUGUCGACACUGGAAGAAAUAGAAACUGACAUUGGGAUACCUAAACCACGUUCAUUUCAGUUUUCACAACUAAAUCAAUGUGUAGAGUACGUAAAUCAAAUGAGUUUUAUGGAAGGAGAAGGUAUUGUGGCAUGUGACACGCGGAAUUAUCAUCGUAUUAAAAUUAAAAGUCCUUCAUAUUUAAUUGUUCAUUAUGGAACUGUUGGAGUAGAAAAUGAAAAUAAAACAGGACAAUUUUGUUUAAGUAUUUGGUUACAAGGUGAACAACAAGAAUAUUUAAAUUAUUUUCCAAAGUUUAUACAAGAAUACAAUGAAAUUGAAAGACGUAUUGAAGAAUCAAUAAUUCCACAGUUAAUUAAUGAAUUUACAAAAUUAUAUAGCAGUGAAACCAAGACUUUUUUUGAUAAUUUAAAUAAGGAAUAUCCAUCAUCAGGAAAGCCAAAUCAAGAUAGAAAAAGAUUAAUAUUCACUAAACUAUUUCAACUAAAUCAAGGUAUCAACUGGAAUCAGUUAGACAACGAACAUAAAUGUACAGCUGUACGAAAUAUUUUAAGACAGCGAAAUAUAGAUAAUACAAGAAAAUUUAUAUUUGAAAAAUAUCUUCAUUUGUUAAUUACGAUAUAA